CUCAGAAUCCAAAAUUAACAAAUUUACCUCCAAAUUUCAUUCGCGUUAACCAGAUACGACAAUGGCAUUUGCUGUCACAUCUUCACCUCUUCACACUUCUUCUUCUUCUAUUGACCAAGCUAAAGCCGCGCAUUUCGGUGCAUUUCAGCCGCUGGAUCGGCUCAAUUCCGCGGCAACGGCCCUGAAUUUCUCCACCAGGCGCUGCUCCGUGACUCCCUUGAAUGCCGAACCGAAUCGGAAUGAGUCUAUCGUCUCCGCCGCGGCAGCCGCAUCUUCCACUCCUGGUCUAUUGAAUGCAGCAGAGGUUGCCGGACAUGUGGAGGGAGAGGACUAUGGAGAAUUGGCGAAGGAGCUCCAGAAUUGUUCGCCGCUUGAGAUUAUGGAUAAAGCCCUUGAGAAAUUUGGAAACGAUAUUGCAAUUGCCUUUAGCCUGUUUGAGGAUUUCCAGAUUUUACUUCAAAUGAGAUUCUUUGAUGAAGUUGAGAAGCACUAUGGCAUCCGCAUUGAGUACAUGUUUCCUGAUGCUGCUGAAGUUCAAGAUUUGGUUAGGAACAAGGGUCUAUUCUCGUUCUAUGAUGACGGGCACCAAGAAUGCUGCCGUGUGAGGAAGGUUAGACCCCUGAGGAGGGCCCUUAAGGGGCUACGUGCAUGGAUAACUGGCCAGCGCAAGGAUCAGUCCCCAGGUACCCGGUCAGAAGUCCCUGUAGUCCAGGUUGAUCCUGUUUUUGAGGGGCUGGAUGGUGGGGUUGGCAGCUUGGUGAAGUGGAAUCCAGUGGCAAACGCCACUGGUGACAGCAUAUGGAGUUUCCUCCGUACCAUGGAUGUGCCUGUGAAUUCCCUGCAUGCGAAAGGGUACAUCUCAAUUGGAUGUGAGCCGUGCACAAGGGCGGUGCUGCCUGGCCAGCACGAGAGAGAAGGGCGGUGGUGGUGGGAGGAUGCCAAGGCCAAGGAGUGUGGGCUGCACAAGGGCAACAUCAAGGAGGAGAAUGUGAACGGUGGUUUGCAACCUAAUGGAACUGCGACCCAUGGUGAUCUCUUCGAGAGCAAGAGUGUGGUGAAGCUGAGCAGGCGUGGGAUCGAGAAUCUGGUGAAAUUGGAGAAGCGGAGUGAGGCGUGGGUGGUGGUGGUGUAUGCCCCUUGGUGCAGAUUCUGCCAGGCGAUGGAGGAGUCGUACGUGGAGUUGGCAGAGAAGCUUGCAGGUUCGGGAGUGAAGGUAGCCAAGUUCAGGGGUGAUGGAGAAGAGAAAGCAUUCGCGCAGGAGCAACUGCAGUUGGGGAGUUUCCCUACGGUGCUGUUAUUCCCUAAACAUGGUUCGCGUCCAGUAAAAUAUCCAUCAGAGAAGCGGGAUAUCGACUCCUUGCUGUCUUUUGUCAAUGCCCUUCAGUAAAAUUUUGUCUAUGCUUUGUAAGAGAGAGGGCAUGGAUUUGGAUGGUAUAAGCUUCUGUACCAGUCUGCUCACUGGUAGAAUACAGUAGUUAGUAUUUUCAAGGCUCAUUUUUGUAUCUUGUGAUUCAGGUAGCCAAUGAUAAAAUCUCACUUCACAUUGUGAAAGAUUCAUUAUUAAUGAUUUCGAAGUAAAAAUAUAAGUUUUUUUUUUCAAA